AAUCCUAGUUGAUUCACAUGUCAACGAGGAUUUGGAAGCACAAGAUGAGCAGAUAAAGAUGGCUGGACAGACCGAGCGAGAAAUAGAGAGGGUUCUUCUUCGACGAACUGUGUGAAAAGGAAGCUCUUUUUUCUGCUCACCGUAACCACCUCUCUGUUUGAUCUUCAGCUCCAUCAUCAGAUGAUUAAAAACCCCAAGGUUCUUGUGCGAAUCCAUCCUGUGAGUCACUUGUCCUCAUCUCCACCAUAUUAAAUUUUUCCUAUUCCUUUUGUCUAUCUGACGCGCGACAUUGAAAUGAAUUUGGGAGUUGAGUUUAACAGAAACUGCUGGCGACCAAAACUUUGUUUUUUGGGAGAGGAUAAUUGCUGUGUCAAUAAGUCCUAUCAGGGGAAGGCACCAAGGCCAACAGAGAAAUUAUACAUGAUUGUUCAGAGCGUAUUGGGGCAGUUAUUGGGGAUUUCAUAGCCUCCUUGCACCUGUCACUUAGGUCGUGUAUGCAAAAGCCAUAAACUAUGAAAGAUGUAUCAAGGGAUGAGUUGUCAAUCUCUUCUACAAGAUGCAUGGAUUCUCCACUGUUGAUGGCUUUGUGGAGUUAAAUGAAUGCUUGGCAGAGAUGAUUAAAUACAUCGCAAAUGAACCCUCAGUGGGGCUGUACUAUGUACAGCAGCACACACAAAACGCUGUACCUAAUGUCAUUAAUCUCAAGAAUCAUGUGGUGGAAAAAUCUCGAGAAACAACAUUGCAUACUGAAGACUUGGAAGAUUCCAUAGCCAUGGUGGGCUCAAUGAAGGAGUGUGGUUUCCCCAUUGCUGACGAGAUGAUUAGAGACAUUGGGAAAUCUUUAGCAAUCAUGUCAAAGAAGCAACCUAGAAGAGGACUAAUCCAUAAUCCGUCUUCUGGUUUUCAUGUGGGAAGAAGCAGUUCCUGGGGUCCCUCAAUGUGGGGCCGUACUGCAGUUUCUUCCCGGCAGAAUGACCAAACAAAAGACAGUUAUUUUUCAACGGUGUUCAAGUCAGCAAAACAAAAGGCCAACCAUUUCAAGUGGCCUCAACUUGAUCCCAAAGAACUUGUCCAAACCAAAGGCGAUAAGCUACUACAAAAGCAUAGUAAAUCAGUAUCAGUCACAACUGCCAGCAGUGGUUUAUCUGAGCCAGAUGUGGAAGCUGAUGAGCUGCCUGUGUCAAGUCAGGCUCCAAACGAGCUAGAUGAAGAGGGCGAGGAAGAAGAAGAUGAGAAAGAAGGGAUUGAGAAAAUAAGCUUGCCACUUGAUACUAUUCUGCCAUCUCUGCCGGAAAAUUAUGAUGAGUUCAAGGCUAACAAAGAAGCAGAACUAGAGGAGUGGUUAGAAGGGACUGGUGGCAGCUUAAAUGGUGGCCUGAGAUCAGGUGAGGAUGAGGGGCAUCCUUGAAGAAGCUCUUGCCUUGUAUACUCUCUUGUUUAUUAUACAACUAUAUUUUGAUACUGAUCAUAAACAUAUGUGUUCAUGGCUCUCCGGUAAUUUCUUCAUUGGGUUUAGGGUAGUCAGUAAAUUUAUCCGCUCAACGGUUUGGUGGUUUAUUGCACGCUAAACUUCUCCAAAUUGAAGCAAAGCAAGCUGAUAUUUUCUUUGUUGUUUGAA